AUGGCUCAUGGAGGUAGUGGUGAUACAGAUACCGAUGCUCUUAAACAACAUAUACGUGCGAUAAUUGCCCAAAAAGUUGAUGAAUAUUCUGAGUACGAGUUGGACGACGAAACUACCAAAAAACUGAUCAAACAGGACGUCCAACGAGAGAUGAUAUUAUGGAAACAUAGAAAACCACAAAACAAUGGAAAACUAAUUAAAUUUACUAAAAAAUUGAAACAAAAAGUCAUUCAAAUUAUUAAUCCUCCCAUUGAUACCAAUGCUAUUGAAAUAGGGAACCGAUUGGACCAACAAAAACAAGUAAAUCACCAUGAUGUUAUCGAUAAUAGCGAUGAUAGUGACGAUAAUGAUAGUAAUAGUGUCAAUGAUUUAACCAAAUUUGAGUGCGAGAUAUGUGCCGAUGAUUUCCCAGUUGACAGUGCCGUUAGCUACGGGUGUGAGCAUCGGUACUGUGAGGAUUGUAUACGUAAUACGAUGACCGUUGCCAUCGAUGACAACCGUAUUGAAUCGCUUGCCUGUCCGGCACCUGACUGUACCGCUGAGGCCACACAACAACUGGUUAGGCGUAUUGUGGGACAGGAGUUGUACGACCGAUACGAUCAACUAUUACUUAAGGUAGCUGUCGGUGCUAUGGAUGAUGUGCAUUAUUGUCCCAACACUGAGUGCGGUGCAAUGGUAGUGACCGAAAUUGAUCUGGCCAUUGGUAACUGUGCCCGAUGUGGACUGGCAUUUUGUACCAGUUGUUUGAAACCAUAUCAUGGCGGCUAUGACUGUCAACUGGAAACAGGGGAACGGGAGGAAAUGGUACAGAUGUAUAGGAGUGAACUGUUGGCCGAGGAAAUGUAUUCAGAGGAAGAGGCGCUCAGCAGAGCCAUAGCCGAAGCGGAACGGGAGGACAAAGAAUGGAUGGAUCGGAUCAAAGAAGAACAGAAGGCUAUCAGAGAACAGGAAGCGAUGAUCGAAGAGCAGAGAAAAGCCGACGAGGAAAGGGCUGCUGAGGAGAAGCGUAGAGCCGAUGCCGAGAAAUUAAGGAAAGAGGCUGAGCUCAGGGAACAGGAGAUUAUUGCCGCACAGGCAGCUGAACGAGAGCGGCAACAACGGGAGCGCCAGGAAGCCCGACAGCGUGAGGAACGGGACUCAGAACAGACUGUCCGCCAAGUGAGCCGUCCCUGUCCUCAAUGUAGAGCACCCAUUCAGAAAAAUGAUGGCUGCAAUCAUAUGAAAUGCAUUCAAUGUAAAUAUGAAUUUUGCUGGAUAUGUAUGGGCUAUUGGCAGGGAUCCCAUCAUCUAUGUCCUAGAUAAUUUUAUGAUUUUAUCUAAAUAUAUUUUCAAAAAAAU